CCUCGUAGCUGAGCUUGGGGAGUUUUUUUUGUGCGUAGUAAAAAGGAGGUCGGAACAUCUGCGGCGGCGCUCGCACGUGAAACGGCCCUUCUCCUCGCGUGUAAAAACCAGAUCCGCCGCGACACACACAUAGACCCGAAGACCCAUGGUACGGAUAAUACCAGCGGCGGCGCGCACCGACGCCUCCUCGGCGUGAAGGGCUGCUCCUCAGCGCCGAGUUUUGGAGACCCCCGCACGCCGUGGCCCACCAGGGGUUCAUCUAUUGGAAAAAUGAGGUGUUGUCCCCUCUGUCAGAGGGAGAUAAGGUUCUGUCCGCGGGAAUUCCCACGAAACAGGUGAUCUCUGCAGAGCAACGGAGGACGCCGGGAGCCCGAGCGCCAGUUGUGUCUCGUUCGGACGGAGAGCAUCCCAGCGGUCCAGCAUGGAGCGUGAGGACACCCACUCCUCCCCCAGCCCCCCGUCCACCCCCUCGGUCUGCUCGCCCACCUCCACCGCCAGCUCGGUGCCGUCCGCCGGGAAGAACUCGUGCGCCAGCUGCGGUCUGGAGAUACUGGAUCGAUACAUGCUAAAGGUGAACAACAUGGUGUGGCACGUGCGCUGCCUGGAGUGCUCCGUGUGUCGGACGUCGCUGCGCCAGCACAACAGCUGCUACAUCAAAAACAAGGAGAUCUUCUGCAAAAUGGAUUAUUUCAGUAGGUUUGGUACUAAGUGUGCCCGCUGUGGUCGGCAGAUCUACGCCAGUGACUGGGUGCGUCGGGCAAGGGGCAAUGCAUACCACUUAGCAUGCUUUGCCUGUUACUCUUGUAAGAGACAGCUGUCCACGGGAGAAGAGUUUGGCUUGGUGGAGGAGAAGGUCCUGUGUAGGAUGCAUUACGACACUAUGGUGGAGAACCUCAAACGGGCGGCGGAGAACGGCAGCGGUAUCACUUUAGAAGGGGCCGUUCCAACGGAGCAAGACAGCCAGCCCAAACCUGCCAAGAGGGCGCGCACCUCCUUCACUGCAGAACAACUGCAGAUCAUGCAGGCCCAGUUCGCCCAGGACAACAACCCCGAUGCCCAGACACUGCAGAAACUAGCUGACAUGACGGGCCUGAGUCGGAGAGUUAUACAGGUGUGGUUUCAAAACUGCAGAGCAAGACACAAAAAGCACACUCCCCAGCACAGCGGGGCUCCCCAAGGACACGCCCAGUCCAGGAUACCCUCCUCCCUAUCAGAUGAGCUGCAUUACCCCCCUUUUGGCAGUCCUGAGAGAGCGCGCAUGGUGGCCCUUCACGGGUACAUUGACAGUCACCCCUUCUCCGUCUUGACCUCCCAGAGUCUGCCCCACCAGGCCAUGUCACUGUCCCAGCUUCCCCUCAGCCGCUAGCAUCAAACCAUGACCCUUGUGACCUCUCACCUCUGAACCCGAACACUCAGCCUGUUAUUACCGACGUCCGCCAGCCUGACCCCGAGGUUAAACAGUGGUCAACUUGGAGAAAAGACAAUUCUUACGCUUGAGCCCUCGCCACUCUGAAGAAAACAAGAAAGGGGUGGAAGGAAGUGAUUAAAAGAUACUGCCGCCAUUGUGCCGCUUCUGUGGACAGGAAUAUUCACCUGCACUCAGUCCGUCAAGACGAACGUGAAGCAUUUGUCAUUUGUAGGUAGUAACAGACUGCCCUCUACUAGGUAACGCGUCUUCAGGAUUUUUUUUCUCCAUGUGUACAGCAUCCUCAUCUUCUCUCAUCCACCCCCUGUUCUGUUGUUACUUGAAGGGAAGAAGGAGUUAUGAAGGGAUAAAAAUGACCAAGGGAUCAACAACAACAACAACAACAACAACAACAAAUCAGGAUUAAUGCCUCUUGAGUGCUGUCAGAUAUCUGGAGAUAGCGAGGGGAAUUUUUGCUGUUCUGGCCAAUGGGCCGGGCGUAGGCGGUAGACCACAUUAGAGGUAAGACACCUCCCUGUUUUCUCUGUCAACAACCAUGAUGGCAACCUAAAUAAUGAUUUUAAAGAGGAAUGUUCUUUUCUAUCCAAUGAAAUCUGUCAACACCUGAUAUAAAUCCAAAAUUGGCUGGGGUAACCCAGUACCUAACACCAAACCGUUUUUAGUGAAUGAACCGUAGCCCUCUUUCGGUUAAACUGUUUCCCUCCUGGACGUCGGUGUGGCGUAGCGGUCUAGUCCGUUGCCUACCAUCACGGGGAUCGCCAGUUCGAAUCCCUGUGUUACUUCCGGCUUGGUCGGGCGUCCCUACAGACACAAUUGGCCGUGUCUCUGGGCAGGAAGCUGGAUGUGGAGAAGUGUCCCUAGUCGCUGCAUUAGCGCCUCCACAGGUCGGUCAGGGUGCCUGUUCAGAGGGGAGGGGGAACUGGGGGGGAAUAGCGUGAUCCUCCCACGCGCUACGUCCGCCCGGUGAAACUCCUCACUGUCAGGUGAAAAGAAGCAGCUGGCGACUCCACAUGUGCCGGAGGAGGCACGUGGUAGUCUGCAGCCCUCCCUGGAUCGGCAGAGGGGGUGGAGCAGCGACCGGGACGGCUCGGAAGAGUGGGGUAAUUGGCCGGAUACAAUUGGGGAUAAAAAAGGGGGGAAACCCCCCCCCCCAAAAAGUUUCCCUCCUGCUGCAUUGCCGGUCCCACCGCGGUUGAUGAUGUAAUAGUGGCGAUUUCGAGGCGGUCUGACGUCAGUGGGCGGAGACUAAAAAACAAAAUCACAAGCUGUCGGAGUUACAGACGUAUCUUCGUAUCUCCACUUCCAAAUAGGCACCUCCCACCACCUCCAUUUCUGAAAAAUAUAGGUCCCGGGUGGAGACGAGCUGAAACCCCGAAGCCGUGUUUUACAUGCAGCCAUUAAGACACUAGACUUAACAACAGUUUAACAAAGAGGAAAAAAUGGUUUGUUCAAUUUCCUACUGUUAAGAAGUAAAACCUUUUAAUACAUCGUUUAGAUAAAUGUGAAAAAAACCUGUGUGCCUUACCUUUUCAAACUCAAAAUGAAAGAGCAAUGUUUACGGCCCUCAACCGGCUUAAAGGGAAUUCAGUUUUCUUUUUUGUUUUUUUGUUUCUUGUUUUUUAACAACCUGGGUCUUACUUCCAUAGUUUUUGCCAUCGUGCAUACCGGUCUUGAUAUGAUUUUGCUAACAGGCUUCUUUAUGGAGACCCUGGAUAUGGGCCCAACGGCUGGACACCGCUUAACGUUGGCAUCGCACGGGGUAACAUCAUGUUUCAACAAGGCCCAUUUAGCCCAAUUACCUGAACCACAUAUUUGGAAGCGAAAACAAAAAGUGCAAGUUAAAAGUUAUUACCCCGGAUGUCCAAUAUUCUUAAUGGUCCAUCACACUGCAGAGCUGCUUCCUGGUCGAACGUGCAGGAAAGACCAGCGGACCGUUACCGUAGAAACUGCCUGGCCAGAUCGACUGAAAAGUCUGCGCUAAUGGGAAUUCGCGUGCACAGUGUAAAGGAGGCGCUAGGGACUAACAGUGACCCGGUCUCCAUCCGUCCAUCCAUUACCCAGACCGCUUAUCCUGCUCUCAAUUUCGCGGGGGAUGCUGGAGCCUAA